AUGCAUUUCCUAUUUUGCAUUUGCCAGAUUUUUUGUAUCGCUAGUGUGACUGCACUUCUUCCUUAUCCAAGCUCGAUAAUUUAUCAUGGUGCCAGCGUAAAGUUCUCUCGAACAUGUCAAUUGAUAUCUGACGUUGAGAAUUUCAUAAUUACAAGUGCAUUCAACAGAAUGAUGAGCUCUAUUUCCAGUGACAAAAUGGUUGUUUUUGAUUUUGAGAAGCCGCAUAUCUCAGAAGUACAACUCCGUAUUGAAGACCCGUUUACGGAACUUCAGUUUGGAGUGGAUGAAUCCUACAGCUUAGAAGUUGUUCCCGGGUCUUCUUCGGUUUAUAUCUCUGCUAAAACAGUGUGGGGUGGUCUUCAUGCGUUCACUACACUCCAGCAAUUAAUCUCUUCGUCUUUCACGCUAGACGUUGUCUCUAUAAAAGAUACACCAGCGUAUCCUCACAGGGGAAUCAUGAUUGACAGUGGCCGAAACUUUUUGACCGUUGAUUCGAUCUUGGAACAGAUCGAUAUUAUGGCCAGUUGUAAGAUGAAUGUACUCCAUUGGCAUCUUGUUGACACGCAAUCAUGGUCCUUGAAGUUGGACAGCCACCCUGAAAUGAUUGAGGAUGCGUAUUCCGAAGCAGAGGUAUACAUGAAGUCGGACUUGCUGUAUGUGGUUUGGUAUGCCCGCCAGCGUGGAGUCCGAGUCAUCCCCGAGUUGGACAUGCCUGGACAUGCUUUAACUGGAUGGAAAAGGGUAGAUCCAAACAUGGUUGUUUGUGGAGAUACAGGCUGGUACGAAGACGAUACCGCUGUGCAACCUCCCCCAGGUCAAUUGGAUGUUACUGUUGAAAGCACAUACGAAACUGUAAAAGAUAUCUAUGAAGAGCUCACGCAGGCUUUUUCUGACAAUAUGUUUCAUCUAGGGAGCGACGAGCUAAAUAUCGGCUGUUACAACCAUUCUGAAUCUAUAAAAAUGUGGUUGCAAGAGCAUCCUGGAAAGUAUAAUCAGUUGGUGGAUCAUUGGUUAUCUCGGACUCUUCCUCUUUUCCGAGACAAGAAGGAGAGAAGACUAAUAAUGUGGGAAGAUAUUGUAUUGUCGUCCAUGAAUGCUAGUGAUCUUCCAAAAGACAUCAUUCUCCAGUCAUGGAAUGAACAUGAGAAUGUCAAUGUUCUCACCUCCAAAGGCUACGAUGUGAUUAUUUCCUCUUCUUCCUUCCUAUACUUGGAUUGUGGAAUUGGACCUUCGUAUCUCAUUAACGACAAGCGGUUCGUUGAUAAUGAAGUCAAUUAUGAAUGGAAUUACUUGGGAAAGGACUCAUGGUGUGGUCCGUACAAAACAUGGCAAAGAAUUUAUUCUAUGGACAUUCUUUCCAACUUCACAAAGUCGCAACAGCAGCAUGUUCUAGGUUACGAAGCUCCAUUGUGGUCAGAACAAGUGGAUAGUCUUGUGUUGACACAAAAGAUCUGGCCUCGAACUGCUGCUCUUGGCGAACUAGCUUGGAGUGGGAACAAAGAUGAAAACGGCGAGUUGAGAUUGGAAGACUUUGGAAUUCGUUUACACCAGUUCAGAGAGCAAUUAGUGGCAGAAGGAAAGCGCCCUAGCCCUAUUGCACCAAAAUACUGCUCCCAGAAUCCUUACAAGUGCCGUAUAUAA